AUGGGGAGGGCCGUCGCUACCAUGUCUCCCCUCCAGAUGGUCUUCUUGCGACGACCAGCUGCUGGCGAUUUGGCCGUGACGGCGAGCCCAACCUCGGAUCUGUCCGUGACGGUUAACCCCCGGAUCUGUCUCCAUCUUCCUCCCCCUCCAUUGGUUGCUGGCCGUGACGGUGAUCCCAACCUCGGAGAGGAAGGAGCACGAGCUGCGGCAGAUUCACUAUGGAAAAAAUGCGCCAAGUUUCCUGGAGUUGGCUCAAUUCCUCUCCCCCGACGAGGAUCCCGUGCUCCCCUACCCGAACCACGCAUCCAGGAGCUCCUCCCGGCCCACGGCGAUCUCCUGUGCGCGGCACCACCACUCUUCCUUCGAAUCAAGGCAUAA